GAAAGACGCCCUCUUUACAAACCCAAGGUUGCGCUGCUGCUGUAGGCUUGUGUCUCUGUUGUGUUUGUAGCCUAUUUUCUCUAGACUUGUCUGAAUAAGGAAAUGUAAUUGGAAUCCAGCACCACCGAGGGUGAGAAGUGACUCGCUCUACAACGUAGACUACUGUAAUUUACUCCGUAAAUAAAAAGUAGCUAUAAACGCACGUAUGAAUGCUUUGAUUUACCUGGACUAUUUCGGAAAGACCAAGGAAGGUGAUAGCCAACAUUUACGCACGGAUUGGGUAUUCUGAUUUUUAACCAUGGGGAAAAGAGCCGCGCUGGCGACUUACGAUAAAGAGUUCAGCUUUGUCAGCCCAGUUGUCAAAUAUCUACUUUUCCUUUUUAACUUAAUAUUUUGGAACAAGAUAGCGAUGUCUUGUAUCAGGGUCCAGAGUCACAUCCACUGCCCAUUGCUGGACCUUCUUCAUCUCAGCAUCACACAACUUCUCCAUCUCCUUGGUAACGGUAUCCUCCACCUGAGACACAGCUCUCCUUAAGUCCCCCACACACAGAUCACAGUAAACACUGAUCUUAGUCCAGUCCCUGGUGUUCAUGGGGUGCACAGGGAUGGGAAGCUCUGGACUAGAUGAAGGUCCUCAGUGUGUGAAAUCUGCUCUAGCUCAGUGCUUCUCCUCUUUAACUCAGUGAUUUCCUGCUCCAGCUUUUUAAUGAGCCCUUCAGCCUGCCUCUCUGCUGAUUUCUGCUUCUUCUCAAUCACCCCAAUGAGCUCAGCCUGGCUUCUUUCAAUGAACUCCACCAGAGCAGUGAAGACCUGCACAUCUGCUAUUUCUCGAUUUGCGUCUUUCUUGCUGGCCUCCACAGAGCGUUUUGAUAUCACUGAUCUUCUGCAGUCGCUCCCGGCUCAUUUGCUGCACUUGUGACUCCGUCUUCCCCAGCUGAGCCUUCCUCUCCCCAAACUCUUCCUCAAGAGGGACGGUGUGCUGAGUCUUGUGGUCAGUCUCUGUGCAGAACUGACACACACACACACACACACACACACACACACACACACACACACACGUCUGGUCAGUCCUACAGAACAGCUCCAUGAGUGUGUUGUGCUUCUUACACAUCAUGUCUUCCAGGUUCUCCGCAGGGUUGAUCAGUUUGUGUCUCUUCAGUGCUGGGGCUAUCUGAUGAGGCUGCAGAUGAUCUCAUUGGUGUUGAUGUCUGUUGGUAUUUACGCCAGGAUGAUGAAACAUGCCGAGGCAGCCAUGGCCUGUCUAGCGGUGGACCCUGCCAUCCUGCUGCUGAUCGUGGGGGUGCUCAUGUUCUUCAUCACCUUCUGUGGCUGUGUGGGCUCCCUCAGAGAGAACAUCUGCCUCCUACAGACAUUCUGCAUCUUCCUGACUAUCAUCUUUCUGCUGCAGCUAGCUACAGGUGUCCUGGGCUUCGUCUUCUCAGAUAAGGCACGGAAUAAAGUGAGUGAGAUUAUCAACAAUGCCAUCGUUCAUUAUAGGGAUGACAUUGACCUCCAGAACCUCAUCGACUUUGGUCAGAAAGAGUUCAGCUGUUGUGGAGGUGUCACCUACACCGACUGGUCUCAGAACAUGUACUUCAACUGCACCACAGACAACCGCAGCCGAGAGCGCUGCUCUGUUCCCUUCUCCUGCUGCCUGCUGUCUAAAGAUGAGGCGGUCAUUAAUACAAUGUGUGGUCAGGGGAUGCAGGAGCUGCCAUAUCUACAGGCUGGUGCCUUCAUCCACACAAAUGGCUGCAUCGACAAGCUGGUCAACUGGAUCCACAGCAACCUGUUCAUGCUAGGGGGCAUCGCCCUGGGUCUGGCCAUCCCACAGCUGGUGGGGAUCCUCUUGUCUCAGAUUCUGAUCAACCAGAUAAAGGACCAGAUUGAGCUUCAGAACUACAACCUGCAGCACCGUACUGACCCUUGGCAGUAACCUGGUCAUGAUCAGGUCCUACCCGAUCAAACUGGACCAGGACUAGGUCAUCAACCCCAGGGUCACCCAGGGGGUGUGGGAGUCUGGAAUUCUACCCCCUUCUGCUGGAUGGGGCUCAAGCUUUCAUGUAGAUGGUGUUCAUUUUCAAGGCUGCUUGAUCAUUUCAAUGGUGCAAGGACUGGCUUUGAGGCCAAAGAUUCUGGUUGGAUGCUCCACCAUUUGACAAGAGUCGAGGUGGUCUGCUCUCUUUCUGCGUUCUUGACUCUCUUGCGUGUCUUUUUGUUCAGUAUAUAAUCUAACCAACUGAGCUACCAGAACCAAUGGUUUAUUUCCUGAAUGGGUUGAUGUAGGUGAGGGACCAGACCCAUGUGAAAUGGCUGAGAAACCAAGGUUCCGAAAAGGUCUAGAUGCCUGGACAGUGUGUCAAUGUGUGCUUGUUUCGUUUUAGCUCACCCAGUAUCCUGGAUGGGUGGAGUUUUCACUUUAUGACCAAUGGAAUGGUCAAUGUUGAAACUCUGCCCACCCUGUGCCCCAGGGGAGCUAAAAUGAAUGCAUCUAAUCAGGAAGUACUCCAGCCAGACAGCCAAUGGAGAACUCCUCCAUUCACAGCUAUUCGUCAUUUGACUCAUCUCAAAUAUGGCACGAUCUGUAAUUUAUUGAAAAGGGAAAAAACCCAGCAACCGGAGUCCAAACCCUGCUGAAAUAAUGUAGACUCUGUCCAGUUACUUUUUUGUCAAUGUGGUUUACGACAUUGAUCUGUUAUUUAUAUCCAUCCAGUUAUCCGCUAAUACUCUCAUAGAGUUGAGAACAAGACAAUUCUGUCGGCCCUUCUCAAAUAUGAAAGCGCAAACCCAAGUAAUGUAAUAAAGCUCAUUAGCUUUACAGUCAAUUUAGCUUGUGUGUAUGUUAAAUCUCCCAACUGUAGUUUGCCAUGCAUGCUAUAACAAGUUUUAUAAACUGGGUUGUUUGAUCCCUGAAGCCUUUCUUUUUACUGCGCCAUUUAUGUUGGUAACCAGUUUGUAAUAGCAAUAAGGCACCUUGGGGGUUUGUGGUAUAUGGCCAAUAUACCACGGCUAAGGGCUGUAUCCAGGCACUCAGCGUUGCGUCUUGCAUAAGAACAGCCCUUAGCCGUGGUAUAUUGCCGAUAUACCACACCCCCCCAAGCCUUAUUGCUUAAAUAAAUCAUUGCACCUACAGCCUUUACAGUAAAGUGUUACCCAAUUGAUUUCUACACAUUUUAAGGGAUAUUCUCAUUUAGUUUUACAUCAAAUCCAUUCACACAGAGUAAAUUGUUGUCCCCCCUUUGCCUCCAGAACAGCCUGAAUUCUUCAGGGCAUAGAUUCUACAAGGUGUGGCGUUCAAACGUUGCUCUAUUGGUAUCAAGGGACUUCAUGUCUUCACCAGGCAGGAUGGAGCCAUGGACUCAUGCUGCUUACGCCAAAUCCUGACUCGUUGGACCAGACAAUGUUUUUCCACUCCUCAGUUGUCCAGUGUUGGUGAUGGCGUGCCCACUGGAGCCGCUUCUUCUUGUUUUUAGCUGAUAGGAGUGGAACCUGGUGUGGUCAUCUGCUGCAAAUAGCCCAUCCGUGACAUGGACCGACGAGUUGUGCGUUUCGAGAUGCCGCCUGUUAGCUUGCACGAGUUUUGUUUGUCUCACCAUUCUCGGUAAACCCUAGACAAGCCCAGGAGACCGUCUGUUUCUGAGAUCCUGGAACCGGCACACCUGGCAUCGACGAUCAUACCACGCUCAAAGUCACUUAGGUGACGCGUUUUGCCCAUUCUAACAUUCAAUCAACAAUAACUGAAUGCCUAUCUGCAUGCUUUAUAGAGCAAGCCAUUGACAGGUGACUCACUGUCUGUAGGAGCGACCCAUUUUCGUGAACGGGGUGGUUAACCUAAUAAUCUGGCCACUAAGUGUAUAUUUCAAGCUAAAUUGACUGUAAAUACAUUCCUUUCAAUAAAGCAUAUCUUUUGUAUAUGAAGCAUUGUGGGUAUCCAUACAGACCAAUAAUGUAAUUGUAGUUUAUUACUCACUGAGCUACUAGGGGAUUUCCCCAUUUGAAAGCGCAACAUAAAGGCCUGAUUUUAUAAUAAACAGUCUUAUUUUCCGUAACGCCUUUUACACAAGCACUGGUGUUUAGAUUGGCAAGCGCUGCAACGCUGGAGUUUACACUAAUGCUGUGACUCUCCAUAACAUAACCAUGUUGGGCCGUCAGCUAAACCUGUUGGCAUUUCCACUCACAGGGGUUGUGUUCCUUAGAGCACGCGACGGAAAAUGAAAUUGAGCGCUUCUUAUGGGACAAGUCCUGUUUUAGUCCGUUUUGUUCCUAAUGAACAUGACCCAGUUAGGUCCACUGGGAAUAGCAGUUUUUUUCUCUCAAAAUGUGGGUCAACAUACUGUUACUGGUCAAGACUACUGAUUAGCUCUGUAUUUAAACGGUACAGGUGGGUGUGGAAUUCAUUCUAGUAACUGACCCAUGUAAAAUCCUAAGAAUUAACAUUAAAAAACACUUUUACAUGUCAAAAUUAGUUCCACAAUUCCCCUUAGGUACAGAGAGUAUUUACUUUGACUCUACGUGGUAAAAUGGUAAUUACUCUCUUAUGUAAAGACAAUAUCUUGUGAAUUCUUUAUUUGUUUCUUUGGGAAUCAUCACAACAAGCACUCCAAUCCAUGUAUCAGCUAGUUGGUUACCAAUUGUGUUGAAUUCAUGUAAUUAGUGCCAGAAACUACCCAAUGACACCAUUUCUAAUUGUCCUAAUAAACGCCAGGUAAAUACCAGUGGAAACGGUGGUCUAAAA